CUGGCAAUAACAUGAGUUACUUAAAAAAUACAAAGAAACGAGAGUUCUUUGAUCCAACGCCAUGUUAAUAAGUGUACAAGUCAAAAAAUUUCAUACCUUAUAAUUCCAUUUUAAGCUUUUUUUGAUCAUUUUGUAAAUCCAUGUUAUAUUUUAACAUUGUUUAUUUUUAUUUAAAAGACCAUUUAUACUCUUUCUAAUAUAUCUAUCUUGUAAAUCGAAGUAAACAUUUCAUGACGUUAUGACUAGUACACAUUUGAAUAAUCUGAAAACUAGUACAAGUAUUGUGAACAAUGUGGCAAAGCAAAAUUCCACAGCCAUGUUGGGGGUUACUUCUCCUAUUAGUACAGCUAUGCCAAAGCCUGAAGAUAUUGUUCGUACAAAUGAAUUAGAGAAGGUCCUUCGAGAGUUUGGGCUAUUUGAGUCUAAUGAAGAACUUGCUCAUCGUAUGGAAGUAUUAAGCAAAAUCAAUCAGCUCGUCAGGCAAUGGAUUAAAGAAAUAAGCUUAAAAAAAAAUAUGCCUCCAAAUAUAGCUGAAACAGUGGGUGGUAAAAUCUACACGUUUGGGUCCUACAGAUUAGGUGUUCACACUAAAGGAGCUGAUAUUGAUACCUUAUGUGUAGCACCAAGACAUGUAGAGAGGACAGACUUCUUUUCUUCAUUUGUUGAAUUACUAAGAAAUCAGCCUGAAGUUGAAGAUCUACGAGCUGUAGAAGAAGCAUUUGUACCUGUAAUCAAAAUGACAUUUGAUGGUAUUGAAUUAGAUGUACUAUUUGCUCGGUUAGCUUUAAAAGACAUUCCUGAAGAUCAAGACUUAAGGGAUGUGAGCCUUUUGAAAAAUUUGGAUUUUAAAUGUGUUAGAAGUCUAAAUGGUUGCCGAGUGACUGAUGAAAUAUUGCACCUUGUUCCAAAUCGAGAAAAUUUUAGAUUGGCUCUUCGUUCAAUUAAGCUUUGGGCUAAAAGACGUGGUGUAUAUUCAAAUGUUCUAGGAUACUUAGGUGGUGUGUCGUGGGCUAUGCUUGUCGCAAGAACCUGCCAGCUAUAUCCUAAUGCUGCAGCAGCUACUUUAGUUCAUAAGUUUUUCUUAGUUUUUUCACAAUGGCCGUGGCCAAAACCUGUGCUUCUUAAACAACCUGAAGAAAAUAAACUAAACUUUGAAGUGUGGGAUCCUAGAGUAAAUGUUGGUGAUAGAUUUCAUCUCAUGCCUAUCAUAACUCCGGCUUAUCCUCAUCAGAAUUCUACAUUCAAUGUUUCUUACUCUACUAGAACUAUUAUGCAAGACAAUUUCAAAAAUGGGCUUGCAAUAGUGGAUGAAAUCAUGACAGGAAAGGCUGGAUGGGCGAAACUUUUUGAACCUUCUAACUUCUUUUCCCAGUAUAAGCAUUUUAUAGUGCUUGUAGCCUCUGCACUCUCCAAAAAAGAUCAUUUGGAAUGGUAUGGAUUGGUGGAAUCAAAAAUCAGGAUUUUGAUCUCACAUUUAGAAAGACAUCCAAAUAUUCACUUAGCACAUGUAAACCCUGAAACUUAUACUCCAAUAGGUGCAGAUCCUGACAAAUUUGCAUGCAUGUGGUUCAUGGGACUUCAAUUUACCAAGACAGAAAAUGUUAAUGUAGAUCUCACACGUGACAUCCAGAAUUUCACAGAUUCUGUUGCCAACUCAGCUGCCCUGAAUAAUGCAUUUAAAAAGGGUAUGAAAUUAGACACAAAGCAUGUAAGGAGGAAAGAGCUUUCAAAAUACAUUCCCAGCCAUCUUAUUCCAACCCAAACAAGAUCCAAGAAAAAGGAACGGAUGGCAGCUAACAAUGUAAAUUCAGUGUCUGGUGAUGGUAAGAAUGCAAAUGUAAAUAAUGAAAAUAGUAGCCCUACUCAGAAACCAGACAAUAAGGUAAGCGAUGAAGAUUCUCCCAAUAAUGGUACAAAAAAGCGGCCUCUAGAGGAGGACAGAAGUCCAAAAUCUAAGAGAAUGUCUUUGGAAGCAGAUUCAUCUACCAUUUUGUCUCAGCGUGAUGUACAGCUCCCAUUUUUAGAAGAAAGUCCUGGGAAUGACUCUGCUACUGAAGAUUCUCAGACCUCAAUAAUACUUCCAAAUGAUAACAAUAGCUCCUUUUCAACUACAAAGCAGCAUGAUCCCGAAAAUAUGGACACAAACUCUCCCACAAUCAUUAUGGAUUCUUGCUCUGAUAAUGCAGUGGACACAGAAGAAACAAAAAUAAAUACUGAAAGCAGUUCCUGUGAUGGAGUACCUUGCUUAAUUGAAAAUACUAAAGAAGAACUUAUUGUUAAUUCAUGAGCUUGUGGCAUGGUAGAAUUGCUGAUGAUCAACUGUAUACAGGGUUCCUCAAAGCCAAAUGUGUGGAUGGUGUGAGGCCCUGCUCUUCUUGAACGAAACUUGGAGACUACAAAAGGCAUACCCAAAAUUUAUGUAUAUUUUCGUUUCUUUUUUUAAAUCCAAACUCAUUCCGUGUAAGUUGUGCUGAUGUGGUCACAUUUUGGCUCUUUUGAAAGGGGUCAUUAGAUGAAUGCGUGCCGUGAUUGAUGUGUGUUUUGAUUCAUUUACUUUGGUUAAUUCUGUGGUUCAAAUGGGGAUUUUCAAAGACGACUUACCAAUUAUGUGGAAAUUUAUUAGGAGAAUAAUUUAAAUAAGUACUUAUUACUUUUUUUUUUAAGUAUUGUAAAUAAAUGGAGAUUACCCAGUCUUUUUUUUUAUUUUGUAUAUAUUUGAUUUUUUUUUUAUAGUUUUAAAAAUUAGAAGCAUAAUGGCAAUUUAAUAUUUUUGCUAUUUGCCAUUUUAAUUAUUUCAUGAUUUAUAGCUAAGCAUGUGUUAUGUCUACAGCAUCUUUCCUAUCAAAAUUGUACCAUAAUUUGGAUUAAGUAAUCUUUAAUGUCUAUAACUUUGUCUUAAUGUAUUUAUUAUUUUUUGACUAUACCAAACAUAAAUUUGAACAUUAUUUAGUUUUCAAAGCCACUUUUUUUAAGGCAUUAUUUUCAAUGUUGACCUAUAUUUGAGGGGGAAAUUCUAGUUGGUAUCACCUAACAGCUGUAGACUUAUAACAAAUCUGUUCCAUGCUAUUAAUAUUUUUAAGUACAAUUUAUAUUUAAUGGAAACAUAUAGGUAGGUUAUCUUUGAAUGGCCUUUCUUUCAAAUAUUUGUCAAUCUUGUCUUUAGUAAAGUUGGGUUUAUUUAGCCAUGGGCACACAUCUUAAGCAUGUACAAAAAAUAGUAGCGUUUUCAUAUGAAGUCCAAAUAUACAUGUUUUGUAUAUAGUGAUAUUCUGUAAAUGUAUUUAUUUUGCAGGGUCAGGGGAAAUAUAUUAGUGUAGAUUGGCUUUGAGUAGAAAUUUUCAGUCUUUUUUUUUUCUUUUUUUCUCUCUCUUUUGUGCCAUCAGGAAGUUAUCCAACCAAAAUUAGAUUUUUAUAAGCCUUAUAGUAGUUUUCAUGUCUGAAAUGUUGGAAAGAAUUUGCCAGACAAGCUCAAAAAUUCAUGAACUUUUUUUUUCUUUCAAAUAUUUCCUCAAAAUUCAUCAGCUCUCAUCUAACCUUUCAGUGUAUGUCUUGAAAAUAAUAAUAAAGUUUUUUUUUUUUAAUUAGCAAA